CUGAUGUCUGAACCCCGUCUGCUCUGCAGCGAACGCCCAGAUUUUGCUGCUAAGUGUGACAUCUGGUUUAUAUGAAGAACAUGGUACUUACUUCUAGCAGAUAUUCACAAUAACUACUGGGACUGAAAUGUCGCUCUGAAGAUGAGAAAAAUAAUGAUGAAUUUGCAGAAAUAGCCAAAAUGUGUUUAAGUAACGUGUCUAACUGGGACAGUCCCAGCAACAGAGAUGAUAAUAAUAAUGGUAGACGCAAUGAUAAUAGACACUACAGUAACAGCGAUUCCUAUGAUGGUAACAGGGACAGUAGACAUGACAGAAAUAACAGGGAUUAUAAUAAUUAUGACGGAGGAAAUGGUAAUAGUUAUGGAUUGUGGAGAAGACAGCAAAAUUCUGGAGGAUAUGGCUACAGUGAUGAAUACUCAGAUUUUCAGCAGAACCCAUAUUAUAAUCCCAGAUCAGGGAUUCGAUCAAGAGGGAACCAAGAUAGAAACAACCAAAGGAAAAACAAUAAUAGCAGUGACAACAAGAAGAAUAAUAGUACAAAUUCUACGCUUGAAGUUGAUGGGAGUUCACUUGAGAAGGUUGAGGCAUGCAUCAUACACUGUAUCUUCCAAGAGAUGAAUAUGUUAGAUGAUACAGCAUAUCCGGAUAAAUCAAUGGUAACAAAGGUAAUGACUAAGAAGAUCCGUGAUCCAAAAGUGAAAGAUUUUAUCGAAGAGUCCAUUGACGACUGUUUUGAGCUGUUAGAAACUGAUAACAAAAGAAGUAACUGUGACUAUUCCAAGAAUUUAGCGUUGUGUCUUGAGGAGAAAGGCCGAAGGAACUGUGAUGACUGGGAAGAGCAGAGUGAAUCUAAAUUAAGCAACAACAGAAACAGCAGGAAUCCAAAGAGGCCAAAUUAAUAAUGCAAACCAAAGGACAGAGAUUUUGGAAUAACUGUGUGUUGAUGAUUAUAUAAUGAUAUGCUACUGACAUUUUAUAUAUUCCAAUUUAGAUGAGCUGAACUGAAUAUUUAGGUGAUGGCAUGCAAUAUAUAUUACUGAUAAGGGCACAUAAUUAUCUUAAUAAAUCAUAAUGGUUUCAAUCUUGCAUUAACUAAUAAAGUCUGUGAUAGGAUUUCAGAACCUUA